AUGGCCGAGCAUCAGACAGAAAUAGCCGGCAAACCCGCCGACCCCUACAAAGCCACCAACCUCGAAACCGACGUCCCCCUCGAAAAAAAGAUCCAAGACCUCAGCCACUUCAUCGCCCACUGCAAGUUCGCCAUGAUGACCACGCGGGACGCCGCCACGGGGGGGUUGAUGUCGCGGUGUAUGGCCUUAGCGGCUCAGGAAACCGGCGGCAUCGACCUCCUCUUCCACACCAACACCGCCUCCGGCAAAGCCUCCGACCUCGCCAGCGACAGCCACACCAACAUCAGCUUCCUCAACCACUCCACCGGCGACUGGGCCUCCAUCAGCGGCACGGCGCGCGUCGAAACCGACCGGAGCCUCGUGCACAAACACUACUCUUCACAUCUCAAAGCCUGGCUUGGGGAUCUCGGGGAUGGGGUACAUGAUGGGGGACCGGAGGACCCGCGGUUGGGGGUGAUUAGAGUGCGGAUGGCGUCGGCGCAUUAUGCGGUGGGUUCGAGGGGGGUGGUGGGACAUUUGGCGCAGGUUGCGCAGGGGGUUGUGAGGGGGAAGGUGGCGGGGGUUAAUAAGUUGAGGGAGAUUGGGGAGGAGGAGGUUAGGGAGUGGAGGGAGAAAUGGGAGAAGAGGGGGGGUGAGUGA